AUGACCGGGGUUGCACACUUUGCUGGAGCCGGUAGGAUCCUUCUCGCCCACUACUCUUGCAUCCGAGCGCGCAACCAUGCUCUUGGAGUCGGCAUGCCGCCAUUUGUCAAACGAUUGGGUCUCGCCGCCCGCUGCACAGGAACGUUCCCGCUGCCAGCUGUCUCCAGCGCUGCAGGCCGGAGAGCUCGCGGAUCCGGGCCCUCACCCGCCGCCGCCGUCGCCGCCACCUUCGUUCGUUCUCCCAGCAGGCCGAAUGCCACGCCGAGGGGCCAGCUGUUGCUCUGUGUGUCGAGAAAUGACGGCCGACCUGCAGUUGCCGGCAUGCGUAAUCUCGGCGACUAUGGCUGUGCCCGUCCGCUGAGCGCGUCGUCGAUGGGGGACGGGUGCACGACAUGUGGUGAGGCGUCGCACAUGAUGAACGGCUUGACGUGGGAGUGGGCGCGAAAGUGUUGAGGUUGCUGAACGGUGAAGACGUCCAUUACAGCGUGGGGCGGCGUUGCGUGCUAUUGGCCAGCGUCUUUUAGGAAGGCGCAAUGGACUCGAGCGGUUGCCCGUUGCCUCCUACGACGCGCCCGCUAACAUGCCAUGGUGCCAUGUCGAAUGCCCUCAUGAUUCUGGCUCGAACUGAUGAUAUUCUAAUACAUGUCCAGAAAUUGUAAUGCGUACUCCAUCCCGCCGCUUCGCCCGUCUAUUUCCUGUAUCCGUGGAAACAUGUUUGAAACCCUCGCGGAGACCA